AUGCAGGCAAAUCAAUGCUCAACGGCGCUCUUUAUCGAAUUAGAUGUGCUCUCGGCGGUCAUAAGUGCGGCUACGAAAUCUUCUGUACCGGUUUAUCGAAUCCAAAAUAUCAUUAUGCAGCUGCGCAAAUGUGUCGAUCAUCCGUAUCUGUUCGAUGGAGUCGAACCGGAACCUUUUGAACUGGGACAACAUUUGAUCGAUGCCAGUGGUAAACUGGUCUUAUUGGACGCUUUGCUCUCACAUCUGUUCGAUCCAUGGCAUGCGAAACCGAAGGAGAAUGGUACCAACUGCCCUUCGGUUCAAUCUCCCGUGCACAAGGUUUUGAUAUUCUCACAGAUGACUCGGAUGUUAGACAUCAUUCAGGAUUACCUAACUUUGAAAGGCGGUCAAGGACUGAAUUUGACUGCUGCAGAUACUGUGAUCCUCGUGGAUAGUGAUUUCAAUCCCCAAAAUGAUCUUCAAGCAACUGCUCGCGCACAUCGUAUCGGACAAACCAAGUAA